AUGGUGGGCCACUCUGCAGUGGAGGAGCGCGAGGCGCUCGCGGCCAGGCAGCAGCUACGUGAGGAGGGGGGCGGAGGCGAGCACGAGGGGAGCGCCCGCCACCGCGGGGCGCGUGGGGGCAAGAAGUCUGCGACGGCCGCGGCGCGUGGCGGCGGGCGCGGCGGUGGCGCGGGGCCGGCUCAGGUGAAAUCCGCAGGCGGCGCGGCGGCGGCGGUCAAGGUCGAGGGCGUGAGCAGAGCGGACGGGCGGGUGGGCGUCGAACCGCCAUCCGCUCCAUCGGAAGACGAAGAGGCGCACCGGGGCCGCGGCGGGGGGUCGGCCAGGGCCACCAGCCUGCUGGAGGGAGAGGACCCGGAUGACGUGUUUUUCGGGUACUCUGUGGAAAAGCCGCCCCCGCUGGACCGCCUGUGGCUGCCGUGCUGCGCGCUCCUCGAGAUUGCCGCGCAGCACGGGGCGGGCCCGAGGGAGAUGGCCGAGCGCCUGCUGGCGAUGGGCCCCGACGAGCUGCGGCGGACGGCGGCGGCGGCGCGGGCGGCGGCGCCUGCAGGGCGCAGCGGAGGGGCGGGAGCGGGCGCGGGGGGGCGGCUGCCGCUGCCAGGCACGGUGGCGGCGCCGGUGGCUGCCAAGCAGGAAGACAGCUUGGACCUGCUGUGA